CUUGGGCAAGAUCAAUAUCAGCUGCUGGCAAAUCUUCACCGGGGAGGAGGUUUGGUGUCUUUUCUCUCCGUCAUUUCGAUUUCACUUCUAUACGCUCGUUUCCGACGACUGCAGACGCUGCCGAACACCCUCAUCAUCUACUCAUGCUUCGGCACCGGCCUUGCCGCUAUAUCCUGCCUCAUUGGAAAUGACGGCGCUAAACAAGGGUUAGCAAGCCCCUUGUGCCAGACUCAGGGCUUCCUGCUGGAGGUUUUCAUGCUCUCGGCACCGUCCUGGGCACUGGCCAUGUCCGUGAACACUCUCGUUAUGUUUCACAUACGCCAAACCGCCGGCCCGGAUACAUUAAGGAAGUUGGCCUGGCUUUACUGCCUGCCGUGUUACGGGGGCCCGUUCACCGUUGCGCUUACAUUUCUGUUCCUGAGGGAACCUCAGAGCGCCCCUAUCUAUGGCAAAGUUGAUACAUGGUGUUGGAUCAGUAGAGAGUGGCAAAGCUUGAGACUGUAUGGCUGCUACAUACCAGCCUGGGCUUUCAUCCUCGUCUCAGUCCUGAUUUACUGUGCCAUCGCGGUUCAGACUAUUAUCCGAGGUAGUAGUGAGGGACAAACGGAAAAUCAUAAACUGGGAGCGGCCGGUAGCCCUGCCAUGGCCCGCAGAUCGUAUCUAUCCCUCAGUGACUGGACGCUGUCAUCUCCGGCACAUGACAUGCCUUUCGAGCUGCCAGGCUGCAUUGCACCCCCUAUGCCGACAUACACAGCCACACCCCUGAGUCAUAGAUCGACAUGGCUGGGCAACUUUGGACGAUGUCCACGGCCAGCCCCGUUGCCGCCUUGCGCUGAGAGCAUUUCGGAAAAGGAGCUAGCAAUACCAUUCAUAACUCCAGACUCCGCCAACCGAGCACAACUGCAUACCGGACUUUUGUUUGCGAUAUCAGUCACGAUUACCUGGCUCCCUGGCACCAUCCAACACAUCCAGGAGCUGAGGUUAGAAGACUCAUCCUUCGCAGUGAAGGCAGCGACCGCUACCCUUCUGCCGCUACAGGGUCUCUGGACGGCCGUGAUAUUCUUCGUUACAAGCUGGACGGUAAUCCGG